AAAUAUUAAAUAUUUUACUACUCUAUGAUAUUUUAUAAUUAUUAUAACCAAGUAAAAACUUAUAAUAACUGAAAACUAUGAAAGUAUUAGCGAUUUUAGGACUGGUAUGCGUUGCGACGGCUAUUCAUAUACCGCAGAAAGAGAUUGAUAUCGAGUUUGAAAAUUUUAAGACCAAAUUCAGCCGCAAAUACGAGGGCUCGGGCGAGGAGUCGGCCCGUCGGGCCAUAUUUGAGGAGAACUACAACCGUAUAAAAGGGCAUAACUUUGAGGCCGAGUCCGGGGAACAGACAUUCAAACUGGCGGUCAAUCAGUUCGCGGACUUCACGAACACAGAAUUCAAGCAUAGAGUCAAUGGAUUCCGGCAUAAAAAACAGGCAAAUGUUUCCGUGUAUACAGGAACUGGUGAUGAACUCCCGGAUACUGUGGACUGGCGUACCAAAGGUGUAGUGACUCCCGUUAAAAAUCAGGAACAGUGCGGUUCGUGUUGGGCAUUCUCAGCCGUGGCUAGUAUUGAAGGUCAACACGCGUUGACCACCAAAAAGCUGGUCUCCCUCUCGGAGCAAAAUCUGGUCGACUGUUCCCAAGCGGAGGGCAACGAGGGCUGUGAGGGCGGCCUAAUGGACGACGCCUUCGAGUAUGUCAUCAAAAACCACGGCAUCGACACCGAGAGCUCCUACCCCUACAAAGCGAUCGACGAGAAGUGUGUAUUCAAAAAGCAAGCUAUCGGUGCGACUCUCACCGGCUUUAAGGACAUCCAGUCGGGCAGUGAGUCGGCCCUACAAUCGGCGGUGGCAACUGUGGGCCCCAUAUCGGUAGCCAUCGACGCCUCCAGCUUCACGUUUCAGUUCUACAGCUCCGGCGUCUAUAACGACAAGACUUGCGGUAAUAAACAGGAAGAUCUGGAUCAUGGGGUGACAGCAGUGGGGUAUGGCGUACAGGACGGGAAGGACUACUGGCUCGUGAAGAACUCAUGGGACGUGUCGUGGGGUAUAGAGGGCUAUAUACUUAUGUCCAGAAACAAGGAUAACCAGUGCGGUAUAGCCACCGAUAGUAGUUUCCCUACCGGUGUUCAAUAA